GUAUUCUUACACUAAAUGUGUACUUGCUUUCGAGGAUUUGGUAUUUUGAAUUCUGCACGGCCAUGGAAAAGACCUGUACUUAAGAGCAGUUUUGGGAAUACAGAUGGCGCUCGCCGCGCGUAUCCUGGAAAAGGCGCACUGCAAUUAUUGGGCAUUCGCCGCAAUACUGUUAGAACGAUAGAAAAAAUUACCGGAACCAUGAAACUCGUAUCUCAGGCCCAGCUCAUGGGGGCUACUAAAUGUGCUAGAGAAUAUGCGCCCUUUUUUCAAAAUGUCGAAGAGUUUUUGAAAAGAGUUCCAGCUGUUGAUUCUGCAGACAAAAAAACGCUCAUGCUUCUUGUCACAUCGAACCGUGGGCUUUGUGGGUCCCUCAAUACGCAGCUCGUCCGUGAGACACUGAAUGGCUCGGAAGUCAAGAAGGAACAAACUAGGAUCGCCGUGUUGGGCGAUCGAGGAGCAACGACGCUAGAGAAAAAGCCGCCCUACCAUUUGAAGGUCCUCUUUUCAACGCAUCCUGGCCGCUCAGUCACGUUCAUCGACUUUUCGCAGGUUGCAGAAUUAAUUGCUCAGCAACAGGAAUAUGAUGAGCUGUUGAUCAUUUACAACAAGCUGAUCUCGAAUUCUGUAUUUGUUAUCAGCAACAUUACAGUUCCCUCCGCCAAGCACCUUCAAGAUAAGGCCAACGCUCUCGGAUUCGACUUUGAACAAAACAAAGAUGACCUUUUCCAGAAUUUCUAUGAAUUUUCAGUCGGAACGGCCGUUCACUACGCCUUUUAUCAGAAUGCAGCGUCUGAAAUACUUUCUCGCCGCAACGCGAUGGACGGUGCGAACAAGAACUGUAAGGAACUCAAGGUCAAAUUAGGCAUCGUCUUCAACAAGUUGCGUCAGAGCUUGAUUACCACGGACCUUAUUGAAGUGACAUCGGGAGCGGCUGUUGUGGAGGAAAUGGGACGAUAGAGCCUUUCUGUGUAUUCGAAGAAGCAAGUUAUGCUUCAAGAAAUAAUGUUGCUCGUCUCCGCCGCUUCAGAGCAUGCAAUAAAAUUUUGUUCAAAGUGUGUUUUUUUAA